UAGCUGCCCCAGAAAUAAAGCCUUCAGAAGACUCAGAGGCUGCUCCUGAAAUUUAGAAAGACAUCUUAGUCUUAUUUAAUAGUGUGAAGUUGGGGGUGCAUGACUGUGGUUUUUGCACAUGUUUUGAUAUGUAGGCCAGCUAUUGUGGGGGCAGAAAAUGUAUGGGAGAGGGCCCAGAUUUACGCACCAGCCUAUGGGAUGCACCACAUCCAGCGUGGGACCGGGAUCGUACGCAGUCAACCCUGUCAAAAUGAAUAAAUCAGACAGCUACGCCCCAUUUCUGUCACUGACCAGCAGGGAGGCGGUAUUCCCCAAGUCUGGCGAUGGGGAGAUCUCUCCUGGACCUGGGCAGUACAAUCCAUCCCCUGUGAAGAAGCACAUUCUGGGAGGGAGAAGCCUUCAGAACCGGGCCAAACGCUUCGAAGACCCAAUUUCUGAGGUGCCUGGCCCAGGAACGUACAACGUGGUGCACAACAUCUUAGCUGGGAAGGUUCUUCCACGGACAGCAGUGUGGGACAGGAUUGUUCGCUGCCCCAUCCGGUACUUGUGGCACCCCAACAUACCCUCCAUUCCAUCCCCGGGUCUGGCCUUCGGGUACGAGGAGAACGAAGAGGGCGCACUGCGCAAACAGAUGGCGCCACCCAGGGACCACACGCUGGGCCCGGCUUUUUACAGCCCACUGCCGACGGAGAACUCGUCAUCCCAGAAGUACAAGGGGGUGCACUUUGGGAAGAUGACCGGGAAGCGGACUGAGGUGAAGGUGAUGAACGGACCAGGACCUGCUGAGUACUAUCAGGACACGAACCGUACGACAAUCUACGAGAACGUCAACUUGAAGAAGGAGUGCAGGGGCAAGGCUGAGUUGUUCCUGCCGCGUUACCAUGAGAUCGUGUGCCUGCAGGAGGAGAAGAAGUGUUUCACUUCAGCAAAGGAAAUGGUGCCCCCUGUGGGUGCCUACGAUGAGCCACGCUGUGUCUCGGAGCCCCCGAAGAAAGACUUGGUGGUGAAGCUCAGUCCAUUCGCAGGCCGUUGGAAGGCGGUGCGUUUUCUCCCUGAGGACAGGAAAUGCACUCCAGGCCCCAGGUCGUACAGCCUGUUUUGGAAUAGCUUGGCUGAGGACAGCCAGAAGAAGGCCCACUUGGAGAGCAUCCAGCAGGGAGGGUUUGACUCCAUGACUCCUCAUAGCCCUGUCUUCGGCAAGAAGGGGGAGGGGUUUGUAUCCGGCCCCACCCACUAUAAGCUGAGCAAGGGAAUCAUGGAUACUCUGGAGAAGGAGAUAUUCAGGUGCCCUGGACAACCCAUUUCCACUGCAUGCUCCACAAGCCCAGGGCAACCAGUCGCUGUCGCUAGGAAGUGCUUAACGUCGGGGGUCAUAGAUGGUACUGUAACUGACGGCCCUCAGGCGUGUUCUGAUCCCGGAACCCUGGCUGAGCCACCUUCAGAGGACCCUAACGUCGAUGGACACGCCUUUUUGCAGAAAGCAGAUUUAUCCAUCCACGCCACCCCACCCCACGCCACCCCACCCCACCCCACGCCACCCCUUGCUGAUCACUCAGAAUAA